AUGGCUUCUGAUCAUUUUGGUUUGAUCAAAUUCCUUACACUAGUUAUGGCAACAUCUGUUUCAGCAUCAGAAGAAGCAAAGGCACUUCUCAUAUGGAAGUCUUCUUUUAAGAACCAGACACUCACUUCUCCAUUGUCCUCAUGGACCAACACUAACACCAACUCUCUAUGCACAAGUUGGUUCGGUGUUUCGUGCAACUCACAAGGGAGUAUAGUAAGGUUAAACCUCACAGACAUUAGAAUCGAAACCGAUCUUCGAAAUUUUCGCUUUCCUUCUCUCUCUAAUCUCACUUUCCUAGAUCUCAGCAUCAACAAUCUCUCUGGACCCUUCCCACCUCAAUUCGAACAACUCUCUAAACUAAACUACCUUGACAUGUCCAGAAACAACAUCACAGGUCCAAUCCCUUCAACCAUAGGAAAUCUCAAGGACUUGAGGUUUCUAAAUCUACAACAGAACAGUCUUACAGGUUUCAUUCCUCCAGAGCUAGGUGACUUGGUUUCCAUGGUUGAUUUAAGGCUUAACCAAAACAAACUCACAGGUCCUAUUCCUGAUUCCUUUGGAAAUUUAACCAACCUCGAGUUCCUCUACCUCCGUCGUAAUAACCUCUCCGGUCAAAUUCCACCAAGCAUCGCAAACCCUUUAAAGCUACAAGUCAUGCAACUUGACACGAACAACUUCACCGGUUUCUUGCCUGAAGGUAUCUGCGGAGGUGGUAAGCUUCAGAAUUUGACACUGCGUGGUAAUCGGCUUCACGGUCCUAUCCCCAAGAGCUUAAGAGAAUGCAAGAGUUUGUUCAGAGUAAGGUUUGAAGGCAAUGGAUUCACCGGAGAUAUCUCUAAUGUCUUUGGAGUUUACCCUCAUCUAAACUACAUUGAUCUCAGCCACAAUAAAUUUCAUGGUGAGAUUUCAGGGAAUUGGGGAGAAAGUCGAAAGCUAGGUGCCUUGAUCUUCUCAGACAACCAGAUCACAGGUACUAUACCUCAAGAGAUUUGGAACAUGACACAGCUAAACCAGCUCGAUCUAUCUUCCAACAACAUCACCGGUGAACUUCCAGAAGAUAUCAGAAAUCUCAAACGUCUAGUAAAACUACAGCUCAAUGGAAAUCAGCUCUCCGGAAGACUCCCUUCAGGACUUGGAUCUUUGACUGAUCUUGACUAUCUUGAUUUGUCCUCUAACCGAUUCAGCUCCGAGAUCCCAAUAAGCCUGGCAUUUUUAUCAAGCUUACACCACAUGAACAUGAGCAGGAACACCCUCUAUGAAGCUAUUCCCAUCGAAUUAACCAAGCUUGGUCAGUUAUCAGUGCUUGAUCUUAGUGAAAACCAACUUGAUGGGAUAAUACCGUCGCAAAUUAGCUUUCUGCAAAGCCUAGAGAUACUAGACCUUUCCUAUAACAAUCUCGCGGGUCUCAUUCCAACAAGCUUUAAAGAAAUGCAUGCGUUGAGGAAUGUAAACAUAUCGCACAAUAACCUCGAGGGCCCUGUUCCACAUAGCUUGGUGUUUCAGAAUGCUCCUGAAGAAACAUUGGAAGGUAACAAAAGGUUGUGUGGUAAUAACAUAAAACAAGGACUCAAGCCAUGUUCAAGCUCUUACUUUGGGAACAAGAGAUCAUCCAAAGUUGUGGUCUUGAGUGUGUUGAUCCCGAUCGUUGGAGUGAUCCUCAUUUGCAUCCGAGUUGCAACCUAUCUGCAAAGAAGAAAACGACUAUUCAGAGAGCCCACGGAUUCUGAAACUGGGCCAAGAAUGUUUAUAUCAAAGUUUCCUGCAAAACUUUCCUACGAUGAAAUCAUCAAUGCCACAGAGAAUUUUGAUGCAAAAUAUUUAACUGGAGCUGGAGGAUCGGGAACCGUUUACAAAGCCAAAGUGCAAAGCAUGGUCCUAGCUGUCAAAAAGCUCCACGAGACAAUGGAUGACGAGAGAGCCACGUUUAUGGUACAACAUGGUUUCUUGAACGAGAUAAAUACAUUGGCCAAAAUUCGGCAUCGGAACAUGGUGAAAUUAUUAGGAUAUUGCUCUCAUAGCCUCCACUCCUUCCUGGUGUACCAAUAUAUAGAGAAAGGUAGUUUAAGAAAAGCGCUGGCCGAAGAUGAAGUAGCCAAGAGGCUUGACUGGGAAAAGAGGAUUAACAUUGUGAAAGGUGUGGCUCACGCGAUAUCUUACAUUCACCACGACCACUCACCGCCCAUUGUACACUGCGACAUCAGCAGCGGAAACAUUCUGCUAGACAAGGACUACGAGCCAAAGGUUUCAGAUUUUGGUAGCGCAAAGCUGCUUAAGAAGGACGCUUCCAAUUGGUCCGUGUUGGGUGGCACAUAUGGCUAUAUGGCUCCAGAACUAGCUUACUCGGUUAACGUGACAGAGAAAUGCGAUGUGUACAGUUUCGGAGUUUUAACACUGGAGGUAAUAAGGGGAACUCAUCCAAGCCACUUGUUGAGCAAUGAAAAGAUUCAGCUCAUCGAUAUUCAGGACAGCCGCUUGCCAUCUCCAUCUGUACACAUCAAAGAUCAAAUGUCACGAAUCAUAGAGAUUGCAGUUAGUUGUCUUCACAUUGAUCCUCAAUCUCGACCAACCAUGCUACAGGUCUCAAACACAUUAUUGUAA